AUGGUCUUUGGGGGGCUGAGUGCCAUGUUUUACGGAGGGCAUCCCUACCUCUCGGUAGGCAUGUUCCUCCGCAAGGUCGACAUGCGCACGGUCUUUUUCGCCACCGUCUUCGUGAUCGUGCUGCUGGUGCUGGCCUAUCUCACUAACCCAUCGGAGAACUCAUUUCGACAUUACCUCACGGAACAAUCGUUCCGACAACACCUCAAGCGACUCGACGAGAACCAGGAUGAUGAAGGCGACUCCAAGGACGCGGGCACGCACGCUUCGCAUUCUCGGCGAUCGCCUCCAAUCGCGCACAAGCCUGGUAGAGAUCGCGACCCACAACCACCUUUUCAUUUCAUCAACCGCGCCUCUAUAUCCUUACGCACCCCUAAGCAUGUCUCACACAGCUUCGGCGUCCUCACUAUUGCCGCUGUCUUUCCGAGCCCGCAUGGCAGUGCCACUCUCGCAACCGUCGCCGCACAAGCAACGGUCAACGACUCAUGGUUUAUCGGUGCGUUCGGACGAUGGUGGCGUGGAGGCACAAUCCGGGCUUGGUGGCAUGGUGCCCUCAUCGACCAGAAGGACGCGGAGCGGCUCAACUCUGGCAUCCUCGAUCUCAAAGCGCUGGACAGUCUGGAAAGCUAUGACGGCCUCCCGUUCGCCGCUUCUGCUUCUUUGCAUCUGCCUACCACAGAUUCGGACAAGAAGCUCAGAGGCACAGAACGCCCGACUCAGCGCACUGUCACUACCUCGUUGCGAAGUACUACACCACCGCCACUGCCGAAGUCUGCAUCACUGCCCUUGCACGCGCCUCGCCAGCCCGCCACAUCGCCCAAGACUGACCGCUCGCGCUGCGAAAUCACUCCACGGACCAAUCACACUUCACCGCAGGCCACAUCGUGCACUGCUAACGAUGUCCUCAAGAUCACACCGAGCCUAUCUUACUCGCCGUCGUCCACCUCGCUCUUCGACCAAUCUCCUGUGAUCACCGACAUCCUGCGGCAAAUCGCCCAUUCGAACGGCGCCGUCGUCGACCUCCGCACGCAACUCGCCGACUUCCAUUCAGCGGCGACGCAGGGGCACGCGGCAAUCCAGAGUGAACUUGAUGAGCACCGUGCCCGGAAGCGCGGGGAAGACGCGAGCCGUCUGGAGCUCAAGACGAAGACGAAGACGCUAGAGGACGAGAAGCGCGCCGCGGAGAGCGGGAAGCGGGAGGCGGAGAAGAGGCUCAAGGUCGCCGAGAGCGCACGAGACAAAGCCAGCAGGCGCAUGGAACGGCUGGACAGAGAUAUGGGGGCGCUGGAGGAGCGCAUUAAGGAGGACGAGGAUGCCGUGCGCAGAGCGCAGGAGGAGGGGGAGAAGUCGGAACGCGAGGCGGCGGAGGAGUUGCAGAGAAAGCAGAAGGAGAUCAGGGUCGCGGAAGAUGUGAUUGCCGCGCUUAGCUUGAGGGCGAAGGAGCUUGAGGAGAGCAUUGCGCAGGAGGAAGAGAGGCUCAGGAGGACGAAGGAGCAGGCGGAGCUGAGGAAGCAGGACCGUUCUUUCUAUCCUCUUCAUGUUGUGCCGACGGUUGAAGAGGACGAUACGACGCUCUGGUCGCCCACAACUGCUUACAGCCAAAGCCAGACUCAGGUGCAGGAUCCGCUCACUACGCUCCCGACUGACAUGUCUUGUGGAUUGGAGUUCCCGCCUUCUGUCCAAGUCACGGAACCUCCGAGUGUAAGAGAGCCUAGGUCUGCUGUGUCACCCAGGCCCAAGACGCUCUCCCUUGGCGGUAUCUCGAACUUCCGCGACCGUCUCCGUCCUGAGGGUAUGAACAACGAUGCGUUCGUCCGACCUCAAUACCCCUUCCUCCUCGAGAACUCUUCUACGCCACUCUCGAACAUCUCGACUCGUUUCUCACCUUUCGCCGACACUGAUGCCGAGCCGCCCUCCGGCACUAUGCAGGGUGGCGAGGCCAUCUCUCCCCGGAGCACCUCACUCAUUCCGUCGAGCCUGAUCAGCUCACUUGAGAGCAUUCCGAGCAUGGAGGAUAUGUCGCGGUCUUUCCAGUCAGAUGCGGACGACGUAAUGGACCCCAACUGGCGCGCGCAUCGUUCCCUGCAGCCACCUGUCGAGCACCCCUCUGCGAUCACCACUUCGCCCACGUCCAUCACCAACCCGUCGUUCGAUGGCGUCGACCGGGAGGACCCCUUCGAGAUCCGCCUGCCACCCCUCUCCGUCAGGCGCCGUCUGGCGAGCGAGACCGUGGAUAGCCCGCGUUCGAUGAUGUCGGCGCCGAGUCGAACGAUCUCUGACCCUGAGUCGAUUCCCCAGAUCAAGGCGCACGAGCUCGAAGACAAGACGAGCAUCGCUCACCGCCGCUGGAACUCUGUGGACCCGAAGGAGAGGAAGGGGCUCAACCCAGAGGCGAAGGUCUUCCGCCUCCAGAAGAAGUCGCUCCCGUCGUUCUUCCCGCCCCAGUCCGCGCCCGCGUCCGGCGGCCCGUCGUUCGACCCUGUCGUCGGGAAGCCGCCCGGGCUCAGCGUGCCCCAGAUCGUCACGCCCGAGUCGGACUCGCUCUUCUCGUCGAUCACCAUGCGCGCAUUUGCGCCCUCGCCUGCAGAGCGGGAGGCGCUCCAGCGCGUGCUGGGCAGCUCGACCAACACGAGCCUCGAGCGGCUCCCGACGCUGAGCGAGGUCUCGCUCAGGAGCAUGCCGUCGUCCCCCUCGCAUGUCAAUGCCGCCGCGGCGCCGCUGGGUGCGGAGGCGGCCAGCAGGACGCUCCUGCCUCCGGGACCCUCGUGGCUCCAGUCGUUGCCUCGCGCACGGAAGCCUGCGUUCAGCCCAUGGGACGAUGAAGAGGAGGGGAAGAGGGACCGGGAGAGGCGGUGA